UAUGGGAGUGACUCUCACACCAGCAACAGUCACGAACAGAGAUGACAACUGCACCUGCCUUCCACCAGCUUUCGGGAUCCCCUCCAUAGCCCAGGCAUGGGGACUGUGGACCGUCUUAGCGGUUGUGACAGUGCUUUUUCUCAUCUCCCUGGCUGCACUCUUGUCCCAGUGGACCAGUGGUAGGAGCAGGAACCAGGAGGGACAGGGACGCUCCGGAGGGUCCGUGGAAGAAGUUCCCCUGUACGGGAACCUGCUCUACCUACAGACAGGACGGCUGUCCCAAGAACCCAGGCCAGAGCAGCAGGACCCAUCCUCUGGAGGCCCUGGCAGGGUGAGUCAGCUGGCUGAAGAAAAAGGGAGGGAAGGAAACGGGGACCGGUCCCGAGGGUCCAGAGACCGUCCAACAGCCUCGCACCUCCAGGCUGCGGAGGAGGCGAUGUGCUACACAAGCCUGCAGCUGCGACCUCCUCAGGGUCGGAUCCCUAGCGCCGGGACCCCCAUCAAGUACUGUGAGGUGGUGCUGGACUCUGAGCCAAAGCCCCAGACCCCAGGUCCGGAGCCGGAACUCUACGCCUCGGUGUGUCCCCAGACACGCAGAGCCCGGGCUUCCUUCCCAGAUCAAGCCUAUGCCAACAGCCAGCCUGCACCCAGCUGAGGAGGACCGGGAACUGUGGGCACCCAUGGGUCAGGGAACUCCUGCUGCCCUGGCUGAGGGCAUGCCCAGCUCCUAACUAGCCUCCAGGACAUCCAGCCAUGGCUGAGUGACAGGUGAUGCUCUACCCUGAGCUGCAAGACAUACAAUCUCAGAGUAUGAAGGCUCCUGGCUUCCUGAGGAUGGACUUGAAAAA